AGGACUAAAAUAUAAAACAAACUCGAUGAUCCGACAAGUAUCAGAUUAUGACGUCAUCGCGUACUAAAUAACGAAUUAUGACUCGCCAGCGUAUCUUUGAUUUUCUUUAUUUUAUGAUUUUUUUUCCAUUCAUUCAUAUAAAAACCGACUGCGUCUCGGCUCCGGCCCCUACUUCACAAAUCACAACUUCUCGAAUUCUCCAACUCGCCAACUUCUACGUAACUCUGCUCACCAAAUAGUUUCCUUGAUCAUUUGAAGGAGAAUGGGGCGUUCUAGUCGAACAAUUUACGUUGGUAAUCUUCCUGGGGACAUUAGGGAGAGUGAGAUUGAAGACUUAUUUUACAAGUAUGGGCGUGUAGUUGACAUUGAUUUGAAAACACCUUCAAGAUCACCUGCUUAUGCUUUUGUUGAGUUCAAAGACUCGCAUGAUGCUGAAGAUGCCAUUUAUGGCCGAGAUGGCUAUAAUUUUGAUGGUUACCGGUUAAGAGUUGAACCUGCAUAUGAAGAGAGAGGAUCGUUAUCCUAUAGUGAAGGUGGUCGUCGUGGAGCUUCAAGACGUUCUGACUACAAGGGACGGUCAAGUAGCACUAUUUAUGUGGGUAAUCUUCCUGGAGAUGUUCGUGAGAGUGAAGUUGAAGAUUUAUUUGACAAGUAUGGACCUAUAGUUGAUAUUGAUUUGAAGACCCCUCCAAGACCGCCUAUUUAUGCUUUUGUUGAGUUUGAAGAUCCUCGUGAUGCUGAUGAUGCCAUCCGUGGACGGGAUGGCUACAGUUUUGAUGGCCAUCGAUUACGGGUUGAACUUGCACAUGGUGGGAGAGGUUCAUCAUCGAAGGAUCGUUACAGCAGUUACAGCAAUGGAAGUAGUCGUGGUGGACUUUCAAAGCAUUCUGACUAUAGGGUCUUGGUGACUGGACUCCCUUAUUCUGCUUCAUGGCAAGACUUGAAGGAUCACAUGCGGCAAGCUGGGGAUGUAUGCUUUUCUGAAGUUUAUCGUGACCGUGGUGGCAUGCGGGGGAUUGUUGACUACACAAAUUAUGAUGACAUGAAAUAUGCAAUAAGAAAGCUUGAUGAUUCUCUUUUCAAGAACCAGUUUUCUCGGGCUUAUAUAAGGGUGGAGGAGUAUGAUGGUAGACGUAGUUAUUCAAGGAGCCCUAGUAGGAGUGUUUACUCAAGAAGCAGAAGUCCCAGCCACAGCUACAGUGCCAGGAGUAGAAGGUCUUCUGCUUCUGUUUCAAGAUCUGUGUCCCCACCUCCCUCAGCAUCAAGAUACCGAUCAAGGUCUAGGACUCCAACAUCAUCUCCGCCUGAACGCAGACGUGGCAGUGAGAGUCCAGUGCCAAGUCGCAGCAGAAGCAGAUCCAUAUCGCGUUCACCAUCUGAGCUAUCUGAGUGAAGCAAACAACCAGAUUGAAGACGCUGCUGCAGUGGAAACAGAAUUCGUGACGAGCAGUGGAAAAUAUUUAAUGAUAAUUUCAAAGCAAGGAGUAGAUCCAGGGAGCUGCUAUAUUAGUGAAUUUAUGUUGAUGCACAGUAUUAUGUAUUGCUAAUUUAACUGUGAUGCGAUUUUUUUAAUUUUGCUUCCCAUCAGAUGUUUCGUACUGGAAAUGCUGCUUGUGUGUUUAGAAGCUCUUCGCUAUCUGAUAUUAAAACUUAUAGGGUGUGAAUUCCCUUGCUAGAUAACUUGAGAUGAGAAUUCGAGUACUAUCAAA